AUGCCUCCCAGAGCGAGGCCUGUUAAGCCAGCUAACAAGAUGGUCACUGAUGAUGCCGCUGCUGCUGCUGCUGCUACGCUGAAGACUCCUGCUGCUGGUCCGUCGGCUCGCCCUGCAUCUGUUACGGCUGUUCCGUUGAAGUCGUCACGCACUCUGUUUGCGGAGGAUGACUUUGAGUCGCUAACGCUGUCUGCUAAGCUCACGGCUCUCCGGAUCGAGCAGGCUGCUGGUGGGAAAGCAGAUAAAGGCAAGGCGAAGGACACGGAUUUCAAGGAUGCUGUGUCAGACGCGGAAGAUGAUGCUGCUGGUGAUGAGGAUCAGGACGCACCUGACGCUGCACGCCGCGUCAACUUCAUGGAUGAUGAGGAUGAUGACCUUCAGGCGCAUGACCCGAAGGAGUGCUUCAAGGAUAAGGCGAAGGAGGAUCUGGCGGCGAAGCUUCGGAGGAAGAUCACUGAUCCGGCUGUUAUUGAGGUGCUGUUUCUCGGGGUUGCUGCGGAGAUCUCCCCGGAGAUGCUGCAUGAGGCGCUCGCCAUCUCUCCGCUGAAGAUCUGCAAGCGUCCGGCCUUCAAGGAGGGUUUUCACUUCCAUCGCGUGGUGCACCCUGUUUCGGGGCUGGACACUGACCGGGUGAAGGGAUUGGUGGUCGCUCAUGAGAAUGAUCACUGCGUAUCUCCCACCCGUGCAGUGGCUGCGACUGUAGCCACAACGACAACCAAGAUCAUCCUCAAGGAUCCCGUGCUGGUGCUGGUCUCAACGGCAGGGAACAGGGAGGAAUGGGUCUGCCUGCUGGAGUGUUGCGAGAAGGCGAAAGGUUCCUCCUUCGAGCAGGCUGCGCAUCAUGCGCUUUCCCAGCGCCAUCGGGGAGGGCUGGGGAAUCAGGGUGCUGCCACGCAUGUACUCAAGGACAAGCUGAAUCUCCGUGUGCUGCGCAAGGAGUACGGGAUUUAA